AUUGGAAACAGGGUUUCAGACUACAAUCUUUGCGGCAUUGUUGUGUUGUUAUACCGGUCCACUUCCCCAAACAUGGAUGACGAGAACGAAGAAAAACGUCUAUCCUAUGGAUGGCUUCAAAUUCGUCCUCGUUGGCUGCAGUUCCUUAACACGCCUAAGUGGUUUCUCUUCUUCUUAUCGCAGUAUUUCUUUACUCAGAGCAUCGUAGUAAAUGGAAUAUUUCCUGGUUCUAUCAGCACGAUAGAGAAGCGCUUUGGGUUUACAAGGUUAGUAAAUAAAGUAUCAAGUUUUACCAUUUAUCUUUGGAUCGGAAAGUAUUAAAGACCAUAAAAAAAACGCUUAGUUCCAAAGUGAACGCACAGAAUGCAAAGCCAUUCUUCAUAUCUCAUCAGAGCGAUCAGAGCUACAAGAUUUCUGUAGUCUACAAGGAUCAAGCAUGGAAUUAAAAUUCAAUCGAGAAAGGGUCAAACAAGUAUUGGGCUGCUACAUUCUUUAGCUUUUCAAUGAAGGCUCACUCACGCGUAGUAGCCGGCAGCCGUUAUUUUUGGGGGCUGGGUGGGCAGGUGCCUUUUUUUUCGGGGAGGGAGGGGCAUUUGAAGACCAUAAAGAUGUAGAUUUAUUUUUUUCCUCUUCUGUUCACUCAGUUAUGUGAUGAGCAUACUCGUCCACGUAUAUGCGACGAUAUCGUACUCUGCAGGGAAUUUAGCGAUCGUUGUAGCCUGUGAACAGGCCAUUGGUCGAGCGGGGUCGAGCGGGGAAUUUCUCUUUCCUAGCUAUUUUUUCCCCAAACAGAGAGCCUGUUCACAGGCUACGAUCGUUGUGGUGCUUGCGUUCUGGGGAUCUUUUGUAGUAGCCUGUGUAACUUUUUGGUGGGGGAAAAUGACACUUCUAAGCUCGUGCUUCCACUUGAGUUUUGAACAGUUUGAUUUUAUCGUUGUUUCCUUUUUAGUUACAUGCCGUAAAACCCUUAUCGUUUUAUUGGCCGUGAGACAACCUCGUCCCCGGGGCACCCCACCUCCACCUCUUUUCCAGGGAAGCGCCCUGGGGACGAGGUUGGCCGUGGGAGCUACACCAUUGCACGAGCUAAAACCUGUUUGGAAAAACUUUACCAAAAAAAAAACAUCACAUAAAACUGACAAGUUGUUUAGCGGUCAACUUUCUCAGUUGGGAGCGGCCUAGAGUGUCCGUCAGAAAGCGACUAUGAACUUCUUGUAAACUUUUUUGUCCCGUGUUUUCGCACUUUAAAGUUUAAGGGUGGGGAGUCAAGGAAAGUGUAUGCGGAUACAUAGAGCAACUAUAGGCUUCCUACUUAUAGAUGUGUCCGUUAAGAUAAAGUUGACUGUAUGUGGUUUCAGUUACAUGUCAGGAAUGUUGGCAAGCAGCUACGACGUCGCAGCUCUGGUGGUAACACCACUGAUUAGCUACCUCGGUGGCUCAAGAAAGAAACCCGUGUUUUGUGCCUGGGGAUUGUUCAUUAUGGGUGUUGGCUUUUUUGUAUUUGCGCUUCCCCAUUUUAUCUCACCUCCAUACGAAGCAGGUAGGUGCAUAUGAAUCGUAUGAACGUUAAAUCGAAAUGAUAAUUCUGGUGGGAAUAUUGAAAAGCGCUAAUAAUAAAUUGAAUCUGAAAAUUAAACCCGAUGAAUUUCAGUUUACCGUGCCGGCCUGACCACUUUUUGUCUUAUUUAACCCAGUCAAAAAAUGAAGUCAAAAACAAGAAAUUCAAAGGAACCACAAAGAGAAAGGUGUCCUGAAUGUACACUUAUUGAAAAAAAAAACUGUCUUGACUUGAGAUUCACUUGAAUAGUGGCAGAAAUCAACAGAUGCUAAACUCCCGCUUCACUGACAUCCUCAAAUAAGCCCCCGAACAUUCAAGGUUUAAUAGUGUUGAAAACUUCAAGAUCGAAAACUCUAAGUUAACGAAAUUGGAAUAGGUUAAGGGUGAACCCCGCGUUUUACAUCGUUAGGAUACGGCUUUAUGGUCACUCGAGAAGAAACGAUAUCUUAACUUUUAAAACAAUUAUCGGAAUACGGCGAACCUUAAGAAAUUAGUAUAUAAAAUAUAAAACGGCAAAGUGAUCCAGACGGCAAGGCGAUGAACAAGUAAACAAAUGAAUAAAGCAAAAAAUGUAUUUCAGAACAAAUUUGCCUGGUAUUUCGGUUUGAAAGAGAAACCUUCUUCAGGAACUACAACUGUGAGAUCCGGCUCCACUCAACAGUUUUUGGCUAGAUGGACUUUCUGCUAUAUUAUACUUAAGAAAUAGGCACAGGUCAGAGAGGACAAUCCCCUUUAUCUUCAGUUCUAGAUCAAAGUGUCCGUAAUUAAUGUUUGGUCUGUUUAUCUCUUUGUCCUUUUUAGAUGCUAAUUUGGGCCUCAAUGGCACUAUGAAAGCUGCAAGUAAAGCAUCCAAAGUUUGCGCAGGAGAUGGAAAUUAUUAUGGCGAAAACGACGACUGCGCGAAAGAAGCCGGCGGCAACGGCCUUUACUACGCGCUAUUCAUUCUGGGAAUGGUCGUAAUGGGCUGCGGCUGUACUCCAAUGUAUGCGCUAGGAAUUCCUUAUUUGGAUGAAAAUGUCAAAGCAAAGGUUUCACCAAUGUACGUGGGUAUAUUUGCAGCAAGUGGUAUAGCUGGUAAGUAG